AUGAAGAGUGCCACGAGAUCCAUGCACGUAGCUAUCUCUUGGCAGACUAGUGUCGUGUUACAACAGCAAUCUUCGAAAGCUUCCUUGAUCGUACAAGUAUUCCAUCAUUUUUUGACACAAUGGCAAAGUCAUGUCUCGGUCUCGGGUGCAUCGCAAUCUAGUUCGCAAGGAUCUAAGAAUUUUGCAGGUCUACCACAACCCAGUACGAUCACCGCGAGGUCCAUAUUAAAAAUCCCGGUGAUUGAAAGCCUAAGUGGACAGAACUUGACUCAGAGACCCGACCAGUAUGAUUUUUCAAGUUAG